GAAAGAGCGCGUCGAGGACGUGAUGAUCUCCGAGCCAGGACCGUCAUGGUCACACAAACACGCACGCGUGCGCGCCUCGGGCACUGCCGAACUGCUCUUGCCGCUGCGCGAUUUUCUGCAGGCUACGCAUGUCGCAGCCAGUCUGCCUAACGCUCGCCAGGUCCUGUUCCGUCAGGCCGCCGCAAAAUUCUCGUCGGGGUGGGCAUUGUGAUGCUGGAGCCGCUGGCCGCGACCGUGUUCAACACUCUCCUGUCCGGACGUCCGUUCACGGCACUACCACACUCGACGACCUCCCAGCUUGCUUUGAGAAUGACGGCCGGAGCAGCCGCUUCUGCGUUUCCGAGCGACUUUUUCACGCCGCGUCCGCGCCGGGUGAAGGGAAAGGAGCGUGCCAUGCCGCUCGAUGACUGUCUCUGUGACGACAUACCCGUGCGUCUCGAGUCGUGCACCGACAUCAAGUACAUUGUCGCACUACAUGGCACGGUGAUGAGCCGACCCAGGGUUCGCCGUCUCUCCUGCCGCAAAAUCAUGCACGCACCCACACGAAGUACCCUCCCUUCUCUGCACAACCUCGCCAGACGCGUCGACCUAUCCCAGAUACGAUACGUGUCCAGCCUCCAAGAGCCACCUGACUCGUCGGCCUCUGAGCCCGGGACGCAGCACCUCGACCAGUGGCGAAGCAUGAUCAUGGACUACACCUCUGGAGCUCGGGCGUCUGAUCCAGAGAAAGUAUGGCGUGCGUACGAGUCUUUGCAACAGGCUGAUGGGUGCGCGUCUAUGACUGCGAAUCAGCUGCUAAGCUACGGCGCCCGGGUCGCAGCAAUCGUGGAGGACGGACACUUUGACUGGAUCCAGAUCGAGUCGUUUAUUCUCUGGGGAACACGGUUGCUUAGCCUGCUGCAGAAUGUCUCGGAUAGGAUCAAGACCGUCUCUCAUGACAAGGACUUUUUGCUGUGGCGCAUCUUGGGUGUCUGUGGUCUGGCCAUGGUAGGGAAGAUCGAUGACGCUGUUGCUGCUGCUCACGAUGUGCAAGAGAUGCCGUUCCAGCCGGAGGGGCGAAUCCAGGUUCUGCAGAUGCACGAUGUGCUCAUUUGCUCGCUGCGGCAGCAUCGAGAUCCUGUGGCUGUGCUGGAGUACCUCGUGGAGAAGUGGGAAGCUGUCGGGACCUAUUUGCACCGGUCAACUCUCCGCUGGCAGAACAAGGGCCACCCCCAAAUCAAAGCGUUCAGGAUGCACGCGUUUCAGUCGGUUGCUUGCAUUCAGAGCCCCGUCGGCUUUUUACAGGACGUUCAUGAACAGUGGUCACAGGAUAGGCGACAGGUGGCGGGCGAGUUUCUCGUGCAUGCUCUGUGCGAAUGCAAGAUGGGUAAGGAAGCUCUGGAUGUCCUGGAGAUCAUGCGCAACCAGUCUUUGUCCUUUACGGUCGAGCUGCAGUUGGAAGUGGUCAAGGCUUUGGUCAAGGCAGAUGCUUUCGAGCUCGCUAACAGCCUGUUUAUGUCAUUGACUCAGUUUAUGGGGUCAGGACAAAUGUUUGUUACGUUCCAAACGGUCGGCUUAUAUCUAUUCUCACAUCAAGGCGACAUUCCACGAAGCGAGGAGUACUUUAAUCGUCUCUCCCAAAGGAGCGCAGUUAAUAUCACACACAUUGCCAUGAUGCUCCAUGCUCAUGCGGUCAAUGGGAACGCCAAACUCGCGGUGCAGCUCUUUGAGCACUUCUUUCCUCCAGCCAUAUCCAGGCGACCGGACGCACUGCGGCCGAAUAUUUAUCACUACACUGCUGUCAUUCAUGCCUUCGCGCGAGAGGGGAGCCUGGAGAGCAUGAACCACUGGCUCGAAGUCAUGACCAAGGACGGUAUCUACCCGGAUAGCUAUGUCUACAGCAUCAUCCUCAAAAGCUUUGCGGAGAAAGGCGAGACCAGCUAUGUUGCGAACCUGCUUGACCAGAUGCGCGCAGCUGGGAUGUCACCCAGCCGGGAGCACUAUUCGACGAUCAUCGCCCUGCUUGCAAAGCGACGGGACGUCAUCGCUGCUGAAGAGAUCUACAAGCGGGCGGUCAGCGAAGGGGUUGUUCCUGACCGUCAGUUGGUCACGGCUAUGAUGAACGCGUACGUCGAGGCCGGUCAGUGGGAGGGUGUCAUUCGUGCGUUUGAUUACCUCAAGAGCUCUGCACACCGCGGUCUGCGCCUCUCGGUGGAGGUUUACAACACGCUGCUCAAGGCAUACGUGCUUAUUGGCGCGCCCUUCCGUGUGGUGGCGAAUCUCUUCCGGAGGCUGGACGAGGCUCGGGUCCGGCCUGAUGCGCACACUUUCGCGCUGCUCAUUCUGUCUGCGUGCGAUUCGGGUCUGAUGGAGAUUGCGUUUGACUUGUACAAGGAGAUGGAAGCGCUCUCGGAGGACUGGCAGUCGCAUAUGCACAUCAACGUCUACGUUCUCACGAUCAUCAUGGCCGGCUAUCUAAGAAAGGGCGACCGGGGGAAGGCUAGGAAGUUAUUCGACGAGAUGCGCAAGCAGGGCAUCCAGCCAAGCGCGAUCACGUACGCGGCGAUCGUCAAGGCGUACGGGAAGGAGCAGAGCGGGGCCGGACUGCAGGUUGCGGAAGAGUUCGUGCAGUCGCUCAUGUCGGCAGAGAAGACCCACGAGUGGGCGAAGACCAGCGGAAAUCGGGCUCGUGCGAUUGAGACAGUAUUCGCGCCGCUGCUCAGUGCCUACGCGCGGCGAGAGCAUCCCGAAGACGUCGAGCGGCUCAUCUCGCAGAUGCUCGAGGCGGGUGGAGAGCCGACCAUCGGUGCGCUCACCGCGAUGCUCGAUGCGCACCGGCGCAAAGGCAACGCCGACGCCGCACGCGAGAUCUGGCCGCAGAUUGUCGAGCUCGGUCUGCGGCACUCGGAGGUGGACUCGCUCUUUGCGCCGGUCAGCGCGAAAGGCGGGGCGCUGCCCGAUCUGCGCGGGCACGGUAUGGCGAUGUGUAUCCCGCUCUCGAUCUACACGGACGCCAUGUCCGCGGGAGGCUACCACGCGGAGGUGGCGGAGGCGUGGCGCAGGCUGCACGAGGAGAAGCUCGCGUUCGACUCGCACAAUUACAAUCACCUCAUCGUCGCGCUCGUCCGUGCAGGCGAGCCAGAGCGCGCGUUUGAUAUCGUUGAAAGCGUGAUUCUGCCCUAUCAGCGCCGAUUCCGGGAGUCACUGUCUAUGAAGCGUGAGUUCGAGCCGAAAUCACCGCUUCGUGCGGAGCGUCUCCCCCAGCCGGACGACCUGCCUGACGUGUCACCUCAUGCCCCUAUGCAUUCCACCGAUCGCCGAGAGACAGCGGUGGGAACUGCUACAUUGAAAUCAAGCCGUAGUAUGGAAGAGGAGUUCCAGGAGGACUUUGCCCAUGCGUUGCAGAUUCUCUACAAGUUCUCGCCCCUGUGGAAUGUGUGGCGGCCUCAUGCUGUCGUUCUGAACCUUCUCCACGAAGUCCUUGAUCACUUGGAAUCAGGUAGACUGAUACAGCCAGUGCGCCCAGCCACGGCUUCGCCGGAACCUACGCCCGAUCCGCAAACGAUCGGACAGAGAAGACUAAAGGCCGCUGCCAUACUCCGUAAGAUUUAUAGCGAAUGCCCGCAGACAGUGGAGAUGGCCCGCGACUUCAACAGCGUCAGGAGGGCGCGAACCCGGAAAUUCAUUGGCAGACGUUCAGAGUGAGGAAACUUUGAGCGACAAAUACUAUUGCUACGACAGCCAUUGGGGGACCCAUCAUAAAGAUAGCGGAUGCAAACGCGGCGAGCGAAGCGAAGGUCCACGUAACCCGAAACUGACAAUUCGACGCCUACGUCAUCAUGUUCCUCCCUCAUCGGACUCGUCGCCGGACAAGGCUGAUGACCCGCUACGGAGCCUCUUCCGGCCCAGUUUUGCGCUACCAUUCCGAUUUCGCUAAACGAGUCGGACGCCAUGCGUCGAUGCAUCGCGUGAUUGGCUGUGCAUGUGUUGAGUGGAGAGGGUUUACUCACCAGAGGAAGUUUCUGCCC